UCCUGUGCAAGCAAGAUGUCGCAUCGAGAUCAAGGAAGUGUGAUACAUCGUCAAAUUCAACAGGAUUGGGCCAAUCGAGAAUACAUAGAAGUUAUAACGACUAGUAUAAAAAAGAUAGCAGAUUUCUUAAAUUCAUUUGAUACAUCUUGUAGAUCAAAAUUAGCCAUGCUGAAUGAAAAAUUGACUGCUCUAGAAAGGAGAGUGGAGUAUAUAGAAGCAAGGAUUACAAAAGGAGAAACAUUGUCUUAGCAAGCCAUUUUGGAACAAUGAAUUUAACAGUUGAGAGAGUCUUAUUAUGAUAUGUACUUGUAAAGUUUACCAGCUGUGGAGAAAAGAAUCACACUAACAACAUUCUGGGUCACUGGUUUUGUCAUCACUCUUGCUGAAAAUGCUGGGAUCAAACAUGGGCUUACGUCACUGUCAUGUGUGAAAAGGGAAGAAACAUUGUGGGUGAAAGUGUACAAAAUGUCCAGACACUGAAGCAGGAUUUCCAGAGAGAACCAGCACACAAGAACACAAAACCAGUUAAUUCACAAAAAUAAACAGCUUUUAGAAUGGAUGAGAAAAAUUAUUCCACCAAGACCAUUUUCAAUUUUAUAUAUUUAAUAACCAGGUGAAUGUUUAGCAAGUGUAAAGACGUUACAGUGAUCAUAAUUGAAGGAAUCACGUUCACGACAAAAAGUGCAUAUAUCUUUGACAGUGGCUUGGGCAGACGCAAAUGGUGUGUUUAUGUCACAACUAUUGCCUGUACAUAAUAAAAGGACUGUUGACUCCUGAAGUAUUAUGAGACCAUUCACAUUGAAUUAAACUGUUAAACUCAAAAGUAAACAUUUAAUUUAAUAGCAUUACAAAUAUAUGUAUUUACCAAAAUUCAAAUCACCCAUUUGUAAAGCAUAUUAUUGAUUGUCAGGUAACAGAUAAC